AUGGAUGUACAAGAUAUUAUGAACAUUAAAAAGGAGACAAGCGAAUUAGAAAACAGCCCAAUGGGUUUACAUGUAAAUAUCAACAUCAAACAAGAGCCAGUUAGUGUUUCUGAAGAACAUACCCCAGAAACGAUGAAGCUGUAUGCAGAUCAUGAAAUCAAGGAAGAAAUUGUCAUAGGUCCGGUGGUGUUGCAGCUUCCAAAUGUAGAUGAUGCAAGAUGUGCGCAAAGCACAUCUGAUAAUUUGAAUAUUCAUACUCAACCUUACAAAUGUAAUAUUUGCAAUAUAGGUUUUAUGAGCAGCCAUGUACAUAUGUGUCGUAAAGUUACUUGUACUGGAGAGAAACGAUUCAAAUGUGAACAUUGUAACAAAUCUUUUAUUCAAAAAUCAAAUCUUAACAGACAUUUAAUGAUCCAUACAGGAGAGAAACCAUACAAAUGUGAACAUUGUAACAAAUGUUUUACCCAAAAACAAGUUCUUAAGACACAUUUAAUGAUCCACACAGAAGAGAAACCAUACAAGUGUGAACAUUGUAACAAAUCUUUUUUCCGAAAAUCAGAUCUUAACCGACAUUUAAUAAGCCGUACAGGAGGGAAACCAUACAAAUGUGAACAUUGUAACAAAUCUUUUUUCCGAAAAUUAGAUCUUAAAAAACAUUUAAUAACCCAUAUUGGAGAGAAACUAUAGAAAUGUGAACAAUGUAACAAAUCUUUUUUCCGAAAAUCAGAUCUUUAACCCGAAAAUCAAAUCUUAACCGACAUUUAAUGAUCCAUACUGGAGAGCAACCACACAAAUGUGAACAUUGUAACAAAUCUUUUACCCGAAAAUCAAAUUUUAACCGACAUUUAAUGAUCCAUACUGGAGAGCAACCAUACAAAUGUGAACAUUGUGACAAAACUUUUACCCGAAAAUCAAAUCUUAACCGGCAUUGAAUGAUCCAUACUGGAGAGCAACCAUACAAAUGUGAA